AUGUCUUCCUUAGGUUUUUCACCAACUGUACCACCAGUCUUCAAUGGAGAGGGCUACCACAUUUGGGUAUUAAAAAUGAAAACCUACCUACAGGUAUUUGACCUAUGGGAGGUUGUCAAUUUAGAUGUUGAACCAGCACCUCUUAGAGCUAAUCUAACAGUGGCUCAGAUCAGACAACAUGCAUAUGAAAGAACUAAAAAGCAUAAAGUUAUGUCUUGCAUUCAAAACAGUGUGUCAGAUGUGAUCUUUGCAAGAAUCAUGGCUUGUGAGUUACCAAAGCAGGCUUGGGAUAAGCUGAAGGAGGAGUUCCAAGGGACUAAAAGAAAAAGGCAUCAACAGCUGCUGAAUUUGAGAAGGGAUUUUGAAAAAUUGAAGAUGAAGGAGGAAGAAACAGUGAAGCAAUAUUCAGACAGAAUCAUGGCUCUGGUAAACAGCAUUAGACUGCUUGGAGAACAGUUCAGUGAAGCAAGAAUUGUGGAGAAGGUGAUCUCAACCUUACCUAAAAGGUAUGGGCCAAAGAUCUCAUCUCUUGAAGACUUGAGGGACUUGACCAGCAUCUCACUAACAGAGCUGAUCAAUGCUCUUUAUGCUCAAGAGCAAAGGAAAGCCAGUAGACUGGAGGAGCAUUAA